UGGGAGGAGACCCGGCCCACUAGGGGCGGGCGUCGGGCAGGGCCCGGCCAGCGACCGAGGGUUGGGCCGGGUUCCCAGCCGCGUUCACUAAGGGCUUGGGUGACAGGAGGAGGAGCCGGCUGCGAGGGCGGGGGUCGCAGUCGAACGCAGGCCGGGCGGCGAAGCGAGGCGGCCCAGGCCGGGACCCGCGCGCUCCCCGCACGCACUGACCACGCCGGGGCGGGGGCUCCGCAGGCCACCCGUGUCACCAUGAUGCUGGAGGAGGUCCGCGCCGGCGACCGGCUGAGUGGGGCCGCGGCCCGGGGAGACGUGCAGGAGGUGCGCCGCCUGCUGUACCGCGAGCUCGUGCACCCGGACGCCCUCAACCGCUUCGGCAAGACGGCGCUGCAGGUGAUGAUGUUUGGCAGCCUCACCAUCGCCCAGGAGCUGCUGAAACAGGGUGCCAGCCCCAAUAUCCAGGAUGCCUCUGGCACCAGUCCGGUCCACGAUGCAGCCCGAACUGGAUUCCUGGACACCCUGAAGGUCCUCGUGGAAUACGGCGCUGAUGUCAACAUGCCCGAUGGCACUGGGUCACUGCCCAUCCACCUGGCGGUGCGUGAGGGCCACGCCUCGGUGGUCAGCUUCCUGGCUCCGGAGUCUGAUCUCCAUCACAGGGACGCCGCGGGGCUCACACCUCUGGAGCUGGCACGGCAGAGGGGGGCUCAGGACCUCUUGGACAUCCUGCAGGGGCACAAGGUGAUCCCACUGUGACCCAGGGCCACCUGCUCCAGCCAGUGAACCUUGUGGGUUUAUCUAUCCGAAGAGGAGGGAAGAAACACUCUCUCCUCUAAGAUCCUGCCCACUGAGGAAGGGGGAGGAGGACCAGUUUGUGGCUUAUUGGUGUUGAUUUCUGGGAUGUGUGUGUUUGGGGGACGUUUCUCAUUUGUUUUCUCACCCUUUUGGUGUGUUGGACAGAGAAGAGCUCUGCUAGGCGACAGACACCUGAACGGUUCAGUUUCUUCUGCACCCCAGGGGUGCAGACAUGACCCAAGGGCAGAGCGUUAAAGCCCCAGCCGGAGUGAAGUAAUUGCUCCCAGGACUCCUGGAACCUGGUGACCUUGGCCAGCUGUGCUCGGAGAGAGUACUGAAGUCUGCACCCUGUUUCGCCCAUGGGGGGAGGGGGAAGCGUUCCAGAUUAAUUAAAGGGCAACAUGAGUUCUUUCAUAUUUUGUUGGAAGCUUUUUUCCAAUCUCUUGUACAGCGUUGAAAAAGAGAGAUUCUAUUUAUUAAGCUUUAUUGAAAAAAUUGUUGUGUGUGUGAUAAUUUAACGUUUUUACCCAUUAAAUUAAGACUUGUGCAUGUUCA